CUGUCCGUCCUCCUCAAACUGUCUCAUCCUGUCUCUCAUCAUGUCUCAGUGUCUCCCCGUCUUGCUGCUGUUGGCCCUGGCGUGCCUGGCCCGGUUCGGCUCGGCUCUGCCCGUAGACAGCCAGGCCGAGCUGAAGAAGGUGCAGGUCGCCCUGGAAGAGCUGAAUGCCGAGAGACGAGCGAUGAGUGAACGUCUGGAUGCAGCUGAGAGGGAACUGCAGAGAGUCAAAGAAACACCUAAAGUUGCAUUCGCUGCCUCACUGGGAGGAAAUGGCCUCGUGAAGACGACGACCGCCAACAAAGACCUCAUCUACAGGGACGUCUUGACCAACGUCGGCGGGGCGUACAACGCUGAGACCGGUGAAUUCACCGCACCGAUUCGUGGUGUCUACUACAUCCGUUUCACCGCCAACGGUCCCACCGACUUCCCCCUGAGCGCCGUGCUCUACAAGAACAACGCUGAGAUCCAGCUGAUCGCCCACGAGCAGCCGUCCGGCGAGGGCAGCGACACGGCGUCCAACGGCGCCGCCCUGCGGCUGGAGAAGGGCGACAAGCUGAAGAUGGUGCUGUGGCUCAACACUCAGAUCUGGGACAACAGCAACCACCACAGCACCUUCAGCGGCUUCCUGCUGUUCCCCAUGGUAGACGAAGCUCCGACAGAGUCUGAAGUCGAUCUGAAGACUCUGCAGGCUUCAGUGACGCAGUUUCAGACUGAGAACCAGGGAGUGAAGGAGAGACUGGAGACCACAGAGAGGGAGCUGAAGGCCAUGAGAGAGAUACCGAAGGUGGCGUUCGCAGUUUCUCUCGGAGGAGACGGACUCCAGAAGACGACAUCAGGAAGCAAAACUCUCAUUUACAAAGAUGUCCUGACCAACAUCGGACAGGCGUACAACUCUGAGACAGGUGUUUUCACAGCACCUGUUCGUGGCGUCUACUACAUCCGUUUCACAGCCAACGCUCCCACCGACUUCCCCAUGAGCGCCGUUCUUUACAAGAACGACGCUGAGAUCCAGCUGAUCGCCCACGAGCAGACGUCCGGCGCCGGCAGCGACACGGCGUCCAAUGGCGGCGCCCUGCUGCUGGAGACAGGCGACAGGCUCUCCAUGCAGCUGUGGCAGAACACUCAGAUCUGGGACAACAGCAACCGCCACAGCACCUUCAGCGGCUUCCUGCUGUUCCCCAUCAACUCUGACAACCUGUAACCAUCAGCUGACAGGAUGUGACAUCACUGCUGACUGAACUGGUCGAGUCCAGUUAGACCUUAACAUCUCCAGUUCCCCUUUCAUACAGUCUGACUGGUUUCACUUUAAAGUUCAAAUACAAAAUAAAAGCUCUUUGAAUCAUUCAA